GAUCCUAUAUUGAAAACAGCUAACCUAAAGUUUUUAUAAGUGCCAGUGAUUGAUCAUAUAUUUGUAGUAUAUCCAGUUGAAUCUCUCAGACUAGAGAAGAAAAAGUGCACUAUCAGGUGAAGUAAUACAGGAAAGGAUGGAGAGCACAAUGAAGGAGAUAAGAGGCGGGGCAUCAGUGCUUGACAUGGAUCCCAAAUCCACCGUUGGCGGUGGCGUUGAGGAUGUCUACGGUGAGGAUUGUGCCACUGAGGACCAACUCGUCACCCCCUGGACUUACUCUGUCUCCAGUGGAUAUUCAUUGUUGAGGGAUCCACACCAUAACAAAGGGCUUGCAUUCACUGAGGCAGAGAGGGAUUCUCACUACUUGCGUGGUUUACUGCCUCCUGCUGUUGUCACUCAACAACUUCAGGAGAACAAAUUGAUGAACAGUAUCCGGAAAUAUCAAGUUCCGUUGCAAAAAUACAUGGCCAUGAUGGAGCUUCAGGAAAGAAAUGAAAGACUGUUUUACAAGCUUCUAAUUGACAAUGUUGAGGAGCUUCUCCCAGUUGUCUAUACUCCAACUGUAGGUGAAGCUUGCCAGAAGUAUGGAAGCAUCUUCAGGCGUCCUCAGGGACUCUACAUAAGUUUGAAAGAGAAGGGAAAAGUUCUUGAUGUUUUGAAGAACUGGCCUGAAAGGAGUAUUCAAGUUAUUGUUGUUACUGAUGGCGAGCGUAUUUUGGGACUCGGGGAUCUUGGCUGUCAGGGGAUGGGAAUUCCAGUUGGGAAAUUGUCUUUAUACACAGCACUUGGAGGGGUUCGUCCUUCAGCGUGUUUGCCUGUGACCAUUGAUGUGGGCACAAAUAAUGAGGAAUUAUUGAAGAAUGAGUUCUACAUAGGGCUUAGACAGAGGAGGGCAACUGGGCAGGAAUACGCUGACUUGCUACAUGAAUUUAUGACUGCUGUCAAGCAGAACUAUGGGGAAAAAGUUCUUAUACAGUUUGAAGAUUUUGCAAACCAUAAUGCUUUUACAUUGCUUGCAAAAUAUGGCACAACCCAUCUUGUCUUCAAUGAUGAUAUACAGGGGACAGCAUCUGUUGUUCUUUCUGGGGUUGUUGCAGCAUUGAAGUUGAUUGGUGGUUCUCUAGCUGACCACACAUUCUUGUUCCUUGGUGCUGGGGAAGCUGGGACUGGUAUAGCAGAGCUUAUAGCUCUUGAGAUGUCAAAGCAGACAAAAGCUCCCGUGGAAGAGACCCGUAAGAAGGUCUGGCUUGUAGACUCAAAGGGACUGAUUGUUAGCUCUCGUAAAGAGUCGCUUCAACACUUCAAGAAACCUUGGGCUCAUGAACAUGAACCUGUUAAGGAUCUAUUAGGUGCUGUCAAGGCAAUCAAGCCAACAGUUUUGAUUGGGUCAUCCGGAGUGGGAAGAACUUUUACAAAGGAAAUAAUUGAGACCCUGUCCUCCUUCAAUGAGAAACCUCUUGUUAUGGCUCUCUCCAAUCCAACCUCACAAUCUGAGUGCACAGCUGAAGAAGCUUAUACAUGGAGUCAGGGCCGUGCAAUUUUUGCUAGUGGAAGUCCAUUUGAUCCUUUUGAAUACAAUGGCAAAGUUUUUGUCCCUGGCCAGGCGAACAAUGCUUAUAUUUUCCCAGGAUUUGGUUUGGGUUUGGUCAUCUCUGGAGCAAUUCGCGUGCAUGAUGACAUGCUUCUGGCAGCCUCCGAAGCCUUGGCUAAGCAAGUUUCUGAGGAAAACUAUGACAAGGGGCUUAUUUACCCACCAUUCUCUAAUAUAAGGAAAAUUUCAGCUAAUAUAGCAGCUAGCGUGGCUGCCAAGGCAUAUGAACUUGGUGUGGCAACACGCCUCCCUCGUCCUGCCAAUCUUGUCAAGUAUGCUGAGAGUUGCAUGUAUUCUCCUAUCUACCGAAGUUACCGGUGAAUAGUCAGAGAUUCUCCUCUCCAUUUCGUAUAGCUUCAAGCUGUGCCCGCAUGUUGCCUAAUAAAUAAGGUCGGGUAGGAAAUAUGACUAAAAAGGUUGGGAAAUCGAAACUUGUAUUGUUAGUGUUUGACAAGUUUUUCUGCAGCGGACAAUGAGGCGUUUGUAUGUUCUUAUUUUGUAAAAGCCCAAUAAUAUAUAGUUGUGUAAUUUACCUUCCGUAUUAUCGUAUCUUUUUUUUCUCUUUUAUCAUU